AUGGGGUGCGGCGCGAGCAAAGAAGAUACGGCCGGCAAGGCAAGAAACGAUGAGAUCGAGAACCAACUCAAGAGGGACAAGAUGGCCCAGCGCAACGAGAUCAAGAUGCUACUUCUAGGCGCUGGUGAAUCUGGGAAGUCCACCAUCCUCAAACAGAUGAAGCUCAUCCACGAGGGCGGAUAUUCGCGUGACGAACGCGAAUCUUUCAAAGAAAUCAUCUUCUCCAAUACCGUGCAAUCCAUGCGCGUAAUCUUGGAAGCGAUGGAGUCCCUGGAGCUACCCUUGGACGACCAACGAGCCGAGUAUCAUGUUCAGACAAUCUUUAUGCAGCCACAGCAGAUCGAGGGCGACAGCAUGCCACCUGAGGUUGGUGCGGCCAUCAAGGCAUUGUGGCAGGAUGUCGGUGUCCAGGAAUGCUUCAAGCGAUCAAGAGAAUAUCAGCUCAACGACUCGGCACGAUACUACUUCGACUCUAUUGACCGCAUUGCUGCCCACGACUACCUCCCCAACGAUCAGGAUGUUCUGCGAUCUCGAGUAAAGACGACUGGUAUCACCGAGACCACUUUCAUCAUCCAGGACCUGACAUAUCGCAUGUUUGACGUCGGUGGACAGCGAUCGGAGCGAAAGAAGUGGAUUCAUUGCUUCGAAAAUGUCACAACUAUUCUCUUCUUAGUUGCUAUUUCGGAAUACGACCAACUCCUCUUCGAGGAUGAGACCGUCAAUCGCAUGCAGGAGGCGCUCACGCUUUUCGAUAGCAUCUGCAACUCCCGGUGGUUUAUCAAGACCAGCAUAAUCCUCUUCCUGAACAAGAUCGACAGGUUCAAGGAGAAGCUGCCUGUGAGCCCGAUGCAGAACUACUUCCCGGACUAUGAAGGCGGUCCUGACUAUGCCGCUGCUUGCGACUACAUACUGAACCGAUUUGUGUCGCUCAACCAAGCAGAGACGAAACAGAUUUAUACCCACUUCACAUGCGCGACGGAUACAACGCAGAUAAGAUUCGUCAUGGGCGCCGUCAACGAUAUCAUCAUCCAAGAAAAUCUUCGAAUGUGCGGACUCAUAUGA